AUGUCAUCUUUGCUCGCGCUGCUGUCUCAGCGUACGCCCAAUCUCCAGACCCGGAAGGGCCUCAUCCUGCUCGGUCUCCAGAACGACUUCGUCGAUGGCAAGCUACCGGUCCGGGAUACUGGCUAUCUGGAGCGACUCAUCCACUUCAUCGCAGAGUUCCGCCAGUUCGGCCAUCUCAUCUGGGUGCGGUCGGAAUUCGAGAGCACCAGACCUGUCAAUGGUCUAGACACGCAUGGUGACAAUGUAAUCGCUGGCGGAUCCUCCGGAACGGACCCUGGCGUCCCGUCUGCCGAGAAGCCUUCGCGAUCAGCGCCGUCCAAGAAAUCCAAGGUAGCUCCAGACUUCCACUCGGAAGAGUUAGAUCUCACCGCUAACGAGCCUAUCAAGUCUUCAGCAAAGUCAUCAGCCUCGUGCUCCAAGCCUGAUGAGGGAGAGGACGACGAGGAGCUUUUCCUCAGUCGUACCCCGAUCAGGGAGCCAUGCUGUGUCAAGGGCACGCGCGGAGCAGAAUAUGCGGAUCGAAUCAAGCACUUGGUCCAGGAAGGAAAGGACAUGCAGGUCGUCAAGACGCAUUACUCGGCGUUUGGCGGUACCUCGCUUCUAUUGACGCUACGCUCGAAGCUGAUCACAGAGCUGUACGUGGCAGGCAACAUGACCAACUUGUCCGUUUAUGCUACCGCCAUGGACGCUGCGCGCUACGGCAUCCGGAUUAUUCUGGUAGAGGAUUGCCUAGGAUACAGAAGGCAGGAUCGACAUAAACUGGCUAUUCGGCAGCUUUGCGACAUCAUGGAGGCCGAGGUCAUGACUAGCAAGGAUGCCAUCAGCGACCUAAGAGGUCCUUCUAAGGACGACGACUGCGGCGAGGAGAGCGAGGAAGCAAAGAAGAAAGCCUCGCAUGACGCACAAGAAGAAACCACCCAUUCGACUCGAGCUACGGGCGCAUUGGAAGUGGAUAAUGACGAUAGUGACGGUGAAGUAGAACUCCCAAUUGUACGUCCUGGCACGCUUGGCCGAGUGACCGGGUAAACUCCCAAUGGUUCAGGCAAAUGCUCACUGAGUGCAGCGUUCCAAGCACACGCCUCUAAGUAUCCGCAAUCUUCGAGCGUUGGGGCAGACCGUCGCGAGCGCGACCACAAGUACACGUCUCGAAGCUUCCAUGGACAACAAGCUGGGCGUGUCAACAAGCCACGGCUCGACACAGGCACCGCUCACGAACACAGGCUAG